AUGUCAGACUUCGAGCACCCUCUCGCCGAGUCGGCCUUUCCCCGCCCUACCUCCCUGUACCAGCCCGAACGCUUCACCCCUUCACUCCUCGACUCCUCCUCCUACUCUCCCUUCCCGAGUGUCGCUGGAUCCCGGUCGGACCCAUUCGGGCUGAAUGCCUACCUCCUUCAUCCAGGCGAUCAACUAUGGGCGUACAUGGCUCCAGCCGGAGCUGAGCCCUUGAGCUCGGAGAAGGAGCUGUCCCCUCCACCGGCAAAGUCUAGGAUGGGCGGUUUGAAGAAGAUCAAGAGCUCGGCGGCGCUACGAAAAGGCAGUCCGCUCAGCCAGCCGUCUACUAUGGCCGUACCAGAGAGGACGCUCGGACGAAAACGGAGUCAGUCGAUGGACUCGACGUCCUCGGCUACUACGUCGGCGGCGGAGCGGGACGAGGUGGUUCAGGCGCAAAAGAGCGGGACGGCGGGGAAGAAGGGAUUGAGCCGGUUAUUCGGGCGGCGGAAGUCCGUUUCUGCUUUGCCAGUUAUUGAGGGGUUGCCACUCCCGCCUGUCCCUCCUCUCCCCACUUUCAACGCAUCCGGCAGCUCCUCCGAUCUGUCCACACCGCCCCAGUCAAACCGGUCCAGCCUCAUGAUCUCGGACCGAGGCUCCACCGUAUCGGCGAGCUCGAGCUCGGACGCUCUGCCUCUGAGGACACCCCAAGACUCCCCAUCAGGCUCGCCAUCGGACUUUGGGGACGCCCUAGCCAAGGCGGAUGUGGAGGAUGGGAGUUUGAAAAAGCGGGGAUUGAUGGGCUGGCUCGGUCGCCGGACGCUCAAAAUGCCCUCUUCCGCGCCGAGUUCGACCGAUUCAUCCCCCUCCGUAUCGCCAAAUUCUAGCUCUACCAAUCUCGCUCAGCCCACCCUCUCCGCCACCUCGGCGGACCCGCCCUCCCGUAUCAAUCCUACGCCCGAGCAACAACCCUACGCAUGGGUCGGCGACCAGCUCCGACGCGCAUCCUACCGCAAGCUCGCGCAGCUCCGUCGUCCCUCUCCCCAUCCCCUCGCCCAACAGCUCCGGCGUCAGACAAGCCACCUCCCCAACGAGGUCGCUUCUUCGUUUGAAGUCGGCCAAAUCAUCUACCCGCGGUCUAUCAAUCCCCGCGAUCCCUCUGCCGGCCUCACACCCGCCCAGCGAGGUCUAUGGUGUCUCCUAGGCGUCAAGCUUGUUCUUGAUGCUCUGGAGCGCGGCGCCCUUCCUUCCGGCGGGAUGGGAAAGCGUCCCUCCCUCCCUCAUACCCUCUCGGACCGCAAAGCCCGGGGCAUGCGCGACUUUAUCAAUCGUCCUCCCUUCGAAGACCGGCAUAUCGUCUACUACCCCGACAACAACUGGUCGCCCGUCUCGAUGGCGCGACCGGGCUUUGGGGUCUGGGACCUCGACUUUUCAAAGUACAUCCUGGCGCUGGCGGACUCGGGGGAGAUGGAACAGCCGGCAUGGCCUGUUCUUCCCCGACCAAGCUUGUUGGGGAUGGAGGGGCUGCGGUCGGACCCGGACGAGGUGGACGUCGCGGUGGUGGAUCUCACGGAGGAGGUAGCUAUGGGUGGAGUACCCAAAGCAGCCAGCUUUAACAGCGAUUCCAGCGACGAUACGGUCUCGACCAUGAUGAUCAAUACCCCGCCGGUCCUCGAGAUGGGACAUACCAUCCCGGAGAUCAAGAUCGACUUUCACGCCGUCGACGUGGCGCCGCUGGUCUACCGGGAGCGGCAGGAGCAGGCCGAGUCGUCGUUCCGGCCCAGGAGCAAGGUGGUACAGGCGACAUGGGAGGAUAGUGAUGAGGAGGAGGAAGACGACGAGGAUGUACAGCCCCUCGCACAGGCCGUCCGGCCACCUCGGUCAGGCAUGCAAGCCUCCACUUCGGACCCUACCGUCCAAAACACAUCAAAAGGCCACACUCGCCAGUCAUCACAGCCUACUCUACCCUCCCAACCUCCCGCUCCCGGUAAGCUCACCAAGCGCCGCUCUCAAUUCGACAUGGCAAUGUAUGACGAGAAGCGCCAAUCGCGCGCGAUGGAUGAGGUGGCCAAGGCGAGGGAGAGGCGGCAGGCGUUGUCGUCGGGCGAGGUGGACAGGCGGGCGGAGGGCGAGAAUAGGCGGAAAGAGGAGGCCAAGCGGCGCAGUGUGGCCGUGACCACCGCGCCGAUCCGGUCGCAGUCUACGGGUGGAGCGACGGGGAAGAGGGCGUCCGUCCAGCUUCCACCAGGGGAGGAAUCGCGACAGCGGACCAAGUCGUUUGUGCACACCACGACCGGCUCGCCAGUCGACCAGACUCGCCCGCAGUCUAUGGCCCAGACAAAGCGGUAUCACUCUUUCUACGAACUCCCUACCAAUCCCUCCUCGUCCAAUACCCGUGGCGCGUCUCACCCUUCCCCCGCCCAGUACUCUCAACACCCCGGGAUGGUCCAUUCGGCGAGUAUGGGCUUCUCCCCGCAGAUGAUGUCGCCCAACAUGGGGAUGGGGAUGUACUACCCCCAGCCAAUCCCGCAAAUGUACUUCCCCGCCCCUCCUAUGGGGAUGCCAUACGGCUACGCCGCCCCGCCUCAACACCCCGGCAUGGGCAUGUCACCCUCGGCGUCGUUCGUACGCCCCUCUAUGCCCGCGGCGGGCAUGCCCAACUCCACCUCCCGCUCGUCCCUCUCCCUGUCUGAACAACAACAACAGCAACAGCGCAGACAGAGACAACGGUCCUCUUAUGCCUAA